CUUCACAUUAGAGGAAUCCAUUUCCUGCCCUUUGCAGCUCCUACAGGGCUGCCUGCAUUCCCUGCUCUGUGGCCUCAUGUCCUUCUGAGCUCCGCUUCUGCGGUCUCAUCUCCUCCUGACUCGGACCUCCUGCCUUCCUCUUCUAAGGACCCCGUAGGUACACCGAGCCCCCCUGGAUGAUGGAGGAAACUCCCCAUCUCAUGAUCCUUAAUUCAUCCAUCACAUCUGCAAGGUCCCUAAUGCCACGGAAGGUAGCAGAGGCCCGGGAGACUCGGUGUGGAUGUCUGUGGGGGUGUGACUGUGCUGUCAGUGGCCGCUGACGGGUGCUGGUGACCAGAGGCCGUGACCGUGGGUGUGGCUGACAUGCCUCCGUGUUGUGCUUUUGGUGCAGACCUUCCCUGAUGGAGGAUCUCAGUGAAGCAAAUGGCCGUUUUGCCAUCCACCUAUUAAAAAUGUUGGGCAAAGAGGACAGCUCCCGAAAUGUGUUCUGCUCCCCCCUGAGCAUCUCAUCUGCCCUGGCCAUGCUCUUCAUGGGCGCCGACGGAGACACCGCCACCCAGAUGUGCCAGGCUCUUUGUGUGAACAGAAGUGGAGAUAUUCACGAAGGUUUCCGGGCCCUUCUCACGGAGGUGAACAGAUCUGGCACUCAGUACCUGCUCAGAACUGCCAACAGACUCUUCGGGGAGGAGACGUGUGACUUCUUUCCAGCCUUCAGGGAGUCCUGCCGGAAGUUCUACCAGGCAGAGCUGGAGGAGGUGUCCUUCGUGAAGGACAUGGAAGAAUGCAGGAGACAUAUAAAUGACUGGGUGACAGAAAAGACUGAAGGUAAGAUUUCAGAGAUACUGGCUCCUGGGACAGUUGAUCCACUGACAAAGCUGGUUCUCGUGAAUGCCAUCUAUUUCAAAGGAAAGUGGAAUGAGCAAUUUGACAGAAAGUUCACACGGGGAAUGCCCUUUAAAACCAACCAGGAGAAGAAGACAGUGCAGAUGAUGUUUAAGCAUGCUAAAUUUAGAAUGGGGCACGUGGAGGACAUGCACCUGCAGGUCCUGGAGCUGCCCUAUGCCGGGGAGGAGAUGAGCAUGGUCAUUCUGCUGCCAGAUGACAACACCGAUCUGGCCGUGGUGGAAGACACACUUACCUAUGAGAAGUUCAGAGCCUGGACAAAUCCAGAAACGAUGACUAAGGACAAAGUUCAAGUUUUCCUUCCCCGAUUGAAGCUGGAGGAGAGUUAUGACUUGGAGUCUUUUCUUCGAAGUUUAGGUAUGACUGAUGCGUUUGAGGAAGCCAAGGCAGACUUUUCUGGAAUGUCAGCAAAGAAGAACGUGCCUGUGUCCAAGGUCGCGCACAAGUGCUUUGUAGAGGUCAACGAAGAGGGCACGGAGGCGGCCGCGGCCACUGCCGUGGUCAGGAAUGCCCGGUGCUGCAGAAUUGAACCACGAUUUUGUGCAGACCACCCCUUCCUCUUCUUCAUCGUGCACCAUGACACCAGGAGCAUCUUGUUCUGCGGCCGCUUCUCCUCUCCCUGAGGAGGGGCGGGUCUUGUGCACACACUUCUGUCCGUCUGCUCGCCUUGCUUUCAUGCAGAUUCCUUGUGACCCAAUUGGUACAGUGGUCUGAAGGCCAGAAUAAAGUGUGUGCACCUGGGAA